AUGGCCUUUGGUGUGUUGAAUGGUUUUCUAAAUAAUAAACCCUUGUUCAGGAGCGCAUUCACUGCGGGAACAAAUAGCGGCGUAAUUGGACUCACAUUCUUAUGUAUGUACGAGAUAUUCUUUCUUUCUACAAGUCGUAACAAUGAACCAGAAAUAUCGAGAGAUCGUGAAGAAUUAAUUAGUAGUGCUCUAUCUGGUGGCGUAACCGGCGGAUUAUGGUCGGCGUUAGUAGGUGGUCGUCGGACAGUCGUUCCGGGUAUCAUUGCUUUUACGCUUUUGUGUGGAACCGGACAAUACUUUUACACCGGCUUGCACAAUUAUAGGCAACGAGUGAUUCUUGAAAAUGAAAAGGUGGAUAAAACCCGUGGCGGAAUACUUGAUUGGCUUGCGACAAAAAGUUGGUCACCGGUACGAAAGAUAUCCGAAGAGGAAUACUUUAAACUCAAAAAAGAUAAGUUGAAAGAAAGAGGUAUAGACACUUCGUUGGAGAAUGACGAUAGUUUAAAUGAUUCUAACAAGACGAAGUAG